GAUGAUGAACAGCUGAUUUUUGCUUGUUAUUUUUUGCAUGCUUGUGUCGUGGCGUCGUUGACUGCUGUGUUUUUGUUUGCACGAGAAUUGACCGCGAUCUUUCCAUGCCAAAUGGCCGCAUUUAUGGAGGAAGCUUUAGUGGAAGCGCGGCGAGCACGUGACGCCGGCGAGGUGCCCGUCGGCUGUGUAUUUAUACACGACGACAAGGUAAUCGCACGUGGCGGCAACGAAGUGAAUGUCCAUCGGAAUGCAACACGUCAUGCGGAGUUCAUCUGCAUCGAUGCCACCUUGGCCUAUUGCCGCGAGAAGCGCUUGCCAGCACGCCAAGUGUUCAGCGAAAUCAGUGUUGUGGUCACCGUGGAGCCCUGCAUCAUGUGCUCGGCAGCGCUGCACACGCUAGCCGUCAAAGAGAUUAUCUAUGGCUGUGAGAAUGAUCGAUUCGGUGGCAAGUCUGUCAUUGAUGUGGCCGCCGUUGUGGGUCAACGCAUCAACAUAACGGGCGGUGUGCGCGCAGAGGAGGCCAUGACGCUGCUAAAAGAGUUUUACAAGGGCGACAAUCCGGCGGCGCCACCAGUUGCCAAAAAGAAGAAAUAACGUGCUUAUAGUUAAAAACGAAAAAAACAAAAGAGAAAUAGAAAGAGAAAUGAAUGGAACACCAUAGUCACCUUAAGCUUGAGCUCAUGUAAACAUUUUGUAUAUGUUUUAAUUUAUUAUAUAGUACUUUAAGCAUAGAACAUAAGCUAAAUAUGGCGUUUAAAACGUUUAAAUUAUAAACAUAAAUACAAUUACUGCGUGAAAUUGCUACAAACAAACAAAAAUAA